AAAAAAGAAAGUGCCUUCCUCUUUGGGUUCCAUUCCCCCGUGUGGCUACACUCAGCUUCAGGCGAGAGCUCUGUCUUAGUCUCCCUCUCAUUUCAUCUCGUGCGUGUGUGUUUGUGUGUUUUUGAGUUUGACUCGAGACGACCAACCAGAAAACGACGCAAUGGCGGCCAGGGCUCAAUCCACAACGCCCGUUCGCAAAGUUCCUAUCCAUUUGCAGAGCGCCCAGAAUAGACUUUUGAUUAAGAACGGCAAAGUCGUCAAUGGUGAUGGCAUCCAAGAUGCUGAUGUUUAUAUUGAGGAGGGUAUCAUUAAGCAAGUUGGAAACAAUUUAAUUGUUCCUGGCGGAAGUAGAGUGAUUGAUGCCAGGGGAAAGUAUGUCAUUCCAGGAGGCAUUGACACCCACACGCAUCUCCAAUUGCCCUUUAUGGGAACGACGACGGCAGACGAUUUUUACACUGGCACGCGAGCUGCCCUGGCUGGAGGGACCACCACUAUAAUUGAUUUCGCUAUUCCGAGCAAGGGACAGUCACUGGUGGAAGCGUACAAACAGUGGCGCGAGCGAGCGGAUGAUAAAGUAGCAUGUGAUUACGCCCUCCACGUUGCGGUCACUUGGUGGUCACCGGAAGUGCAGGCAGAGAUGGAAGAGCUUUGCCGCGACCAUGGCGUCAACUCCUUCAAAAUGUUCAUGGCUUACAAGGAUCUGUGGCAACUGAGCGAUACCGAGUUGUUUGAAGCUUUCGAGAAGUGCAAGGAGUUGGGUGCCGUCGCCCAAGUCCAUGCCGAGAACGGCGAUAUCAUCAAAGAGAAUUGCAAGAAAUUAUUGGCCGCUGGUGUCACUGGACCCGAAGGUCAUGAAAUGUCUCGGCCGGAAGAAGUGGAAGCCGAAGCUGUAAACCGCGCCUGCGUUUUAGCCAAUCAGGUAAAUUGCCCGCUGUAUGUUGUGCACGUGAUGUCCAAAAGCGCUGGUGAGGUAGUAGCUGAAAAGCGACGCCAGGGCAUAGUUGUGUACGGAGAGCCGAUUGCGGCUUCUCUGGCCACCGAUGGAAAGCACUAUUGGAAUUCCUGCUGGCGCCAUGCAGCGGCUCACGUGAUGGGUCCUCCGCUUCGGCCAGACUCUACCACACCCGACUAUUUGAUGGAUCUUUUGGCUAAUGAUGAUUUGCAGUUGACUGGUACCGACCACUGCACUUUCUCGUCGGCUCAAAAGGAGAUAGGCAAAGGCGAUUUCACCAAGAUUCCCAACGGUGUCAAUGGAGUGGAAGAAAGAAUGUCGCUGAUUUGGGAGAAGGGAGUCGUUUCUGGCAAGAUGGAUCCAGCCCGUUUCGUGGCAGUUACAUCGAUGAAUGCGGCAAAAAUUUUUAACAUGUACCCCAAAAAAGGAUGCAUUGCAGUUGGAUCAGAUGCUGAUAUCGUCAUUUGGGAUCCCAAACUGGAGCAUACCAUAUCGGCAGCAACUCAUCACUCGGCUGUGGAUUUCAACAUUUUUGAGGGAAUAACCUGCCGAGGUGGGCCUGAAUACGUGAUUGCCAAUGGUCGGGUGACUGUUGACGAGGGUCAGGUGAAGGCUGUUCAGGGUUACGGAUCUUUCAUUCCUACUGCACCGUUCGCGCCAUUUGUUUACGAUGCUGUCACCGAGCGUGAAAAGGUUCACCAGUUGAUCAAGGUGGAACGGGAAGGCCGUAUUGUAGCUGUACGUAACGCUGUGGUUCCCGUCGUCCCACCAGCGACUAGCAACGGCGAGGCCUUAGAACUCAAUUUGUCAUCAGUCAACGGUGUAGAAGAGGUCGUCGCUGCAGCCGAUCACCAUUUCGCUGCUCAUCAGCAUUUCACUCGUCCACCAACCAGUUCCGGUGGCCGAAACAUGCAGGACACGACAUUCUCUCUCAGCGCUGAAUAUCCAAAUCCGGCGGAUGAAUCGGACAACAAACGCUCGACCAUUCGAGUUAAAGCGCCACCGGGGGGCCAUUCUACCGGCCUGUGGUAGUCGCUCUAAUACACGAUAACUUCUCAGCCAAACAGGCAUGGCUGACGUGGAAGAAGAAGCAAAGGGCAAAAAAAAUUCGAUCCAAGUAAAAAACCCGCCAGGCGGCAAGUCUUCAGGACCUUUUUGGUAGAUAAUCUCUAGUGAAAUUUUACACGCAGCUUCAACCGAUUAUGAUUCCCUUUCAAGCAUUUAAUCGAUUAUAAGGGUAGUUUUUUUCUAUUUUGUUUUAUUACCAUUACAUUUUAAAAAACCUUUGUUUUCUAUAUAUACUUUUUCUUUUACCGUUGUCAUCUGCCUGUUUCCCAAUACUCUCAGACCUUCGGUAACUACUCACUCACAUCACUUGCAUUGUAAGGCUGUUUUGUUCGAUCCAUGUUGAUCUUUUAUGGAAUAUGAAUCCUAUUGAAGGCUG